GUACUCCGUUCGGUGAACUCGUCGUACGCUCUCGUUGGGCACGAUCGCGUGUGUCGAACAGUGGUAGUCUCGCACUAUUUUUUUUUCUCACUGUCCCGUUCGCAACCACGAACAGCGGGGCGCGAGUUUGUGUGCGUUUCAAUAAUUUGACCGACAAGGCGUCCUUGUGUACCCCUGCAAACAAAUAAAAAUCAUCGGCAAAUUCAAGCGCCAAGUGCGUGCGGAAGUGAGACAGGGAUAGAGUGUGUGUGAUUGUGGGAACAGCAAUCCUUUGAAGAUAUUAUUUUUGUUGUUUUGUCCGACGCAGGGAAUCGACACAGCCAUGGUUUGACAGUUCUGUGGCCGGCGAGUGUUUGUCGCCGCAGCAUUCACACCAGUGCACAUGCGUGCACAACAAAACCUGUGCUUUUGAUUGUGCUCCCACAGGAGGAGCAUCAGCAGCAGCAGCAGCAGCAGCAGUGGCAGUAGUGAUCCGUGGAAGCUCAGUGGCAGUGCCUACUGCGGUGUGGGCUGAUUGUGUGCGUAUGUGUUGGUGCGAAGGAUUCUUUUCUCCACAACUGUUCGCGAAAAGGCGAGAAUUCAAUUAAAACGAAAAUUGUUUCCCACGAGAUAAACGAAAAUAUUCUCGAGUCGCAUUGCGAAGAAUAGAGGGUUUAAUUGUUGCGGAGUUUUAUCUGAUUAGUGUCUGAGAAGUCUGUUUGAAGAAAAGUGGAUGGAAAAACGAAAACUGUGUCUGGCUCCGAGCAGACACACCAAUAUCAACGAAGCCUCCGAGGAACCUUUUUUGCUCCUCUUUCAUCUGACAGCGAAUAAUCGAUAACUCCGAUGUUUUGGUCCGGCAUUCCCUCUGCUUGCCAGGAACGUGAGGCUGUGUAAAACGGAUAGUCCGCGCUGCAGAAGAUGUGCGAUGUGAAAAAGUUCUCAAUAAAUGCGGAGUGUGAGCAGCAGCAGUGAAGGGAGAAGUAGUGCUACUGCCCGAGGUGCAAUUAGUGUGGGGUUCAAUUGCCUGCAAUCGGGCAGUUGAGUAAUUGUAUUUUUGAGGUUUUUUCUUCUUCCCUCUGAAGAGCACAGCGAAAUUAUUCGCCCAAACGAAAGUGAAAUUUUUACGUCAGUGCGAAGACGACGACUGGUAAUUAAGGUGAAGUGAUUACACUUUUAAGCAGAGUGUAUGUAUACACAGAAGUUGAUGGGAUGUUCAUGAUCGUGCCCAAUUUGAUUUUAAGGAGGUUUUAAUGAAAGCAGUUAAGCAGCGGUGUAACCGAAUGCAUUAUUUGAAUUUAAUGUGAGAAGUAAAAGGGAAAGAGCCUAGGAAAAACAGUAUUCGGCGCCAAGAAAAACCCGCAGACAGUCGGCCUCGGUUGGGACAUAUUGAGGACAUUUGGUGGACAACAAUUGGAUUACGUUCUAAGCGGCGGCACACAAAAAACAAAUAUAAAGGUUUCGUUAAGACAGCGCCGUUAUUGUGAAGCACUGGAACACUCAAAAGACAGAUGGUUUCAACUUCCAGCGGCGAGUGGCGAAUCAGAAUACACUCUCUCGCGAUGAAAUAGAUUCGGUUGUCAAUUUGUUGUUAUUGUUGUUCUCGUUUAAUGUCAAACCGUGUAUCGUUUGUCGUAUCGCCGGUCCCACCGACUACUGAAGAAGUGGUGACCGAAGUAGUGAAGUGUGUGAAGUGAGUGAAGAGAGGAGCGAUUUACGAUUUCGCCAAAUAUAAGGAGCGACCAAAAACGUGUGAACCCGGUGGUUCGGUCCGGUCCGGUCCGGUGGUCGACGAUUUGCGAAAGUGAACGCCGCAAAUAAUGGAUACGAUGACCUUCGACGAUGAACCGCCGCCCGAGCCGCGAGAUGGCUGGCUGCUGGUGCGGAUUUACGUACCCGAGCUGAACGUCUACAAGUGUCUGCAGUUCCCCUCGGACAAGAUCGUGUGGGACGUCAAGCAGCAGUGUCUGGCCUCACUGCCUAAGGUUGCGUUCUGGUUCAGGGAAUUAAAGGAAAGCUUCAACUACGGCCUAUUUUGUCCUCCAUCGAACGGAAAAGCUGGAAAAUUUCUGGAUGAAGAACGAAGGCUUGGCGAUUAUCCAUUCAAUGGACCCGUCGGAUAUCUUGAGCUCAAAUACAAACGGCGGGUGUACAAGAUGCUGAACCUGGAUGAGCGGCAGCUGAAGGCGCUGCACACCCGAGCCAACCUGCGCCGCUUCCUGGAGUGCAUCAACGGGGGCCACGUGGAGAAGAUCGCCAAGAUGUGUGCCAAAGGACUCGACCCGAACUUCCACUGUCCGGAGACGGGCGAAACGCCGCUCACGAUUGCCACCGGAACGAAGAAGCCGAACAAGCUGCUGAUUGCGCUGGUCAACGGAGGUGCCCUGCUGGACUACCGGACGCGGGAUGGGGCGACCGCUCUGCACCGCGCCGUCGAGCGGGACAGUCUAGAGGCGACUAGCACCCUCCUGGAAUUAGGCGCCUCGCCUAACUAUCGAGACACGAAGGGGCUCACGCCGGUUUACCUCUCGGUGACGCGCAAGACCGAUCCCAAAAUCUGCGAAAUUUUGCUGCACGACCACGCAACCCUCGGCAUCCAGGACAGCCAGGGAUGGCAGGAAGUACACCAGGCUUGUCGGAACGGGUUAGUGCAUCACCUAGAGCACUUGCUGUUCUACGGUGCGGAUAUGGAUGGGCAGAACGCUUCCGGCAAUACGCCGCUGCAUGUUUGCGCUGUUAACAAUCAGGAGGCUUGCGCUAGAAUGCUUCUCUUUCGCGGUGCCAACCGGGGCGCACUAAACUAUGCCAAUCAGACACCAUACCAGGUCGCUGUAAUUGCCGGCAACUUGGAACUAGCCGAGAUGAUACAGAACUACAAGUGCGAGGAUAUCGUCCCCUUCCGUGGUCCACCUCGGUACAAUCCUCGUCGCCGGUCCGGGCUCGGCUGGGGCUCGACGCUGUCCCGCAUCUACGGUGGCCCCCCGUCACCAUGUCCGUCCGAACAUCCGUUCAGUUCAGCCAGCUCCAGCCUUUCCGAGGGAUCCUCCAGCCAUCGAAGCCACGAAGAUGAUAUUAGCAUCGUAACAGACAAAUCCCUCGGUGACACGAGUGACAUUAUCAGCGAUUCGUCCGGAGUCGGUACAAAUUCGGACAGUGCAGCUUGUUCGAUCGGUCACCCCAGCACCACUGUGGUCUGCAUGGAGGGCUACGAUGGUGGCCUCUCCGGACACAUCCAAAUUCAGCCGGGUGACGUCAUAGAGGUGGUCGGAUCAACGGACUGUGGCCUGCUGGAAGGGUUCGUCCGGGGCACCAACAAGACCGGGUUUUUCCCGUCCCAUUGCGUCCAGGAGGUCCAAUUUCGCCAGAAGAGCAUCAUCAACGUUUCGACUUCCGCGCCACAUCACCACCACUACGUUAUUGACACCGGCUGCAAUGAGAUCAUGGAAGAACAGCAGCAGGGCCCGCAACAAUCCCAACAGUACAACAGUCAAACGGCACCGAGGACGAAGAAGGCUGCUAAUGGAGAGCCGCGAAUAGUGGUUCUACAUCGAGCAAAGCGCGGCUUCGGCUUCAUCCUGCGUGGUGCGAAGGCAUCAUCUCCGCUGAUGCAGCUCAAGCCGUCGCCUCGCUGUCCGGCCUUACAGUAUUUGGAUGAUGUUGACCCGGGUGGUGUGGCCGAUAUGGCCGGUCUCAAGCCGGGUGAUUUUCUACUUGCCAUUAACAACGAAGACGUCACGUGUGCCUCACACGAGCACGUGGUCGAUCUGAUCCGUAACUCGGGCUCGCUGGUUUCGAUGACGGUCGUUACGCUUCCCCACAACCUGGUCAAUUCGAUGCUGGAGAACGUGAUGAACGCAAGUGCCGAUGGUAGUCAGCACUCGAGUUCGGGCAUGAGUACACCCAUUUCGUCUGCCCGCCAGUGUUCGACGCUACCACGGCGAAUGAACGGUGGUCCGGCAGGUUUGGCAGGAUGCAAAAUGCCAGCCCCGAUGCCUCCGCGCAGGGAUCCAAAGACUACGCUGAGCGUAGGACGAGCACGUGCCAAAUCAAUGGUCGCCGGGUUGGAAGGCGGUGGCGAAAAAGAUGACGAUGACCUUCCUAACCAAACCAAGUCCACCUCGGCUGAGUCUAUCCACCAGCAGUCACAGUCAGCCAUCAACACGCCAACCCAGGGCGGUCCGGGAACACCGGUCCAGCCGAGAACAGCAAGUAUCAAAGCGCGGCCCUCCUCUAGUCGAAUUACGGCCGCCGAGUUAGAGGAACUGUUCCAGCGACAACAAGGCGUCGAUGCAAAUCGUUGCUCGAUGCUAAUGUCUAGCUCACGCUUCCAGUCUGGGUUUGACAGUGGCGCCGCAACGCCUCCCACCUCUCCCCAAAAGGGACCAAUCGUGUACGCCAGUGUGGCGGAAAUGAAACGCAAAAAAUCUUCCAAGAUUGGCACGCUCAAAGGUCGCCCCAUUCCAAUUCCACAGAUCGGUUCCGAUUUGAAGCGUACCUUCCACAGCACCCCAGAUCUCGCCUCUGCCGGAACGGCCUCGGCUGCUGGCAGCGCCGGAACACUCACACCCACGUCCAGCUGGUUCAAUACCGUUGGUCAUAAGGGUCACCGAUCUCAAGACGAUGUGCAUAGCAUACACAUGUCGAUGCAAAGACUGAAUCUCCCACCACCAAAUCAUCCACCGCCACCGCCGCCGGUCGGCCAGGUUGUCAAAGUCGACAUCUCGCGGGGAUCCGAAUACGAGUGUCUCUCGGCGCUGCAGAAACACAUCCAGCAGAAAGCCAAACAGCAAUCGAAGAUUCAGGAAGCGGAAAUCAUGUCCAGCUUCAAGCCUGCAUCCAACGCCAAAUUGUACGCCUCACCGCAGGAUAUCAGAAAUGUGGGCUAUCGCACGAAAAGUGCGGCAGCCUCCAGCAGCAGUGGUAAUAGUAGCAGUGGAAACAGCAGCACAAGCACAGAGUCUUCACAGGUCCACAAAACAUCCUCGCUGCGCUCCAACUCGAGCAGCAUUGGUGGAAGUGCAACGAACGUCACCACGGUUACCAUCGGAGGUGCAGCAGUCGGUCCUGGCAAUACAUACGCCCAACCGGGCCGACCAGCUACAAUGCAGCAAACUGCACAACCACAAACACAACUGCAGCAGCAGCUGCAACAACAACAGCAACAACAUAAAGCACCUUCACACAAUGCACCGCCCCUGCCGGAUCCUGAUUACAGUCUGAGCGAAUCGGACACCGAAGAGGACAACUCGGUGCGGUUGGUUCGAACCCUGAAGAAAACUCAGCAUGGCAGCGCGGCAAAGGAUCUGAAUGGGAUGAGCAAAUCGGUGCCGGGUGCCGGCGGUAAAGGGUCCACCGUUAUCAAUCCUGGCAUGGCUGCCGAAACCAGCGGCAACAGUAAUACGAGUGGCAGCAGCUCCGGAUCCAGCUCGAUCCCCCACUCUUUUUCAGUCGAAGAAAUCCAGAAGAUUCGCACCAAACUAAAAUCCUCAAAAUCUUACCCGAACGAUUUCCUGCGGCAGCAAAACCAAACCGAUCAGAAUCAGCGUGGCGGUGUUGGCGCCAACAACAACAACGAAGACAACGGAGACAACAGUUCCUCCGGGGUCAGCAGCGAUCAAGAAGUGACAGUCACAUGCAACGACGCGGUGACCCCACCAGCAACUUCUAAACCAAUUGCACCUGCGACUGUUGAUCCGAAGAAGGUCGGCUCCUUACUCCUCGAGCAGAAGAAAUCCGUCAUGAUCACCUCGGCGGUGCCGGUAGUGCGCAGCGAUGAUGACGAUGACGAUCAGAGUCCCAGCCCGCCUGCAACGGGCUUCCAGCGACACAACUCACUAACCCGAAAGCAGGCGGCAACGAUCGCCGCGAACCGAGCGAAAGCCAGUCAGCAAAACAUUCAGCAGAGGCAUGCCGUUACGCUGGCAACACUGCCACCACCAAUCGAAGCCGACUCGGAUGAGGCUGAUUCAUGUGCCCUGGCAGUGGACGGUACCGACGGAGUGGAUGGUGCCGCUAUCGUUCUCCCACCGCCAGCGGAGUUCAGCGACUCGGUGAGUCCGAGCUGUGGAGGUCAUUCCUCGGUAUCGUCGCGCCACCAACAGCAGCCGCCACAACAUCAACAGCAGCAACAGCACCAUCAUCACCACCACCAGCAUCAACAUCACCCACCGGGGAUGGUGGGUGGUCACAAUCCAAACUGCAAACGGGUUCGCAUCGUGGGUGCCGUCCCCAAGGUCAACCGGAUGAAUAGUCAGUAAGAUAGCGAGAAGAAACCAAUGGAAAAUAAUAUUCUGUCAGCAUUAGAUGGACUCGAACUCAAGCACUCUCUAUCAUACUCUAUCUCACAUGAAAGGCGCAUUUUAAAACCUAGAUAAGAUCAAAAGUCAUACCGCAGAACACAUCCACAGUUCACCAGGAGUAACCAACCUUUUUCGGGCCUAUAGCUUUAGCUAUAAGAAGCUUUUCUCGUGUAGAAGAAGACAUAGGAGGAUGCAAACGAGAGUUGAAUGGCCCUAUUUAUCUAAGAGAAAAAUAUGCUCAAAGGUUGCUUAAAACUUGUCUUAUUUCCUAUCAAUAUAAACAUAUAUUCGUGCAAUAUCAUCAUCGUUAACAGAGCAUCCAGAGGAAAGAGAAGAAAGCAAAGGGAAGGUAAGCAAGAGAUAGUGCGAGUAAUUUGCCUUGUAUAUGCAAGCCCAAAUCUACACAGAAGAUACACGUACACAUUAAUUAACCAAAAAAAACAGAAGAUGAUAAUCGAGUAAAGCGUUCUUUCAAGUCGUUCAUCAGUCUUCUCAGUUUCGCGGAACGGACAACGAACGAUUUGAGAAUUUGCUUUCACAAAAUUUUAGUUUUCAGAAGUUGAUAAGAUAUUGUUUUUAAAGUGUAAAAUGAAAUAAGUUUUAAUUUCGCUAGGCUAACUUUGGUUACGUUUUCUAAUUUCUGUAAAAAACACAUAUCGGUUAUAUCAGCUUCUCUUUCCACGCGUGUUAACCGAAUGUCUUGUUGUAAAUUACACUUGAAAACACACAGAGACACACACCCUACACACAUACAUAUACAUAUUUUUAUUACUUUGAACUUUCUGUCUUUAAUUAAUUACAUUAAUUAACAAGUCAACAGAACAGUAGCUGAGAUAAGAGAUUUAAACAAAUGAUAAGAAGCAAAAAAAUGUGUGUGAAGAGAAGAAUUGAAAAAAACAGCCCCAGAAGGUAAGAUAAAUUUUAAUAGAUCAUCUAUAUUGGUAGUUUAGUUGCUGUAUAAUGUUUCUUCCUUUCACACCUAUUUGAUAGUUGUUUUUAAGCGUUUAUCGUAAAUCUUAUAAAGCAGCAAUGUAUGAUUGUGUGGUCACAUAAGAGGACAGAUUCACGAUCGCGAUCGUGCUCCGAAUGUUUCUUAUAUUUUUAUACUCUUAGCCAAAUCAAAAUUCAAACCAUUAGAGGAAACGACGAGAGCCGACUUUUAUGAAAUAUUUAGCGGAAACAAGGGAAAUUACAAGACACCUGUUGGAGGAAAGAAAUUGCAAAUUCCCUAAUCGUAUAUGAAUAAAAGAAAGGGAAAAAUCAUUAUUAUACAUCCACACACGGAAGUAUCUUUACCAUUGAAAGAUAGAGCAAACAUAAAUACACACACACACACACUCAUGAUCACAUUAACAUACAAGCAUAUAGACCUGAGCAAAAAGAGAGAAGAAAAACGAAUGAAAAAAACGCAAAUCUGUCCGCUAAGUACGAUGUGAAAACAACAUAGCCUAGGAUAACUUUUUAAAAUUAAACCUAUCAAAUUUGUCACCGCGCAGGAAAAAAAUGUCCAGUCCAAACAAAACCAACACAACGCAACGCAAUAGCCUUUAGAGACCAAUCGAUUGAGGGAGAAAAGAAUAACAAGGAGAAGUUCAAUAUGCUUAACAGUAGCGAUACAAAAAAGCACCGCGAAAAAAAGCACAUUAUCCUCAAAUUAUCGAACAAUAGAACAAUAACACGAAAAAAAAAUGCGAAAAAAAGCAUCAAUCCCUAACUACCACAAUUACACCAUUAACAAAAAACGACAAGACACACAUACAAACAUACCACGUUGCCGUUGUAUGCUGCUCUCUUCCCUUUUCCCUCUCUUCAAGUGGUGAAAAGGAGGCGAGAGCGACUGCAAACAUUUUGGCCCAACAGCAACAGCAGCAUCUCUCCCCACAGCAUGAUGAAUAUGAUAUUAAAGUAAAUGCUAUAAUAAUAAUUAUAAUAAAAAUUAUAAUAAUUCA